AUGAAAUCGGCUGUGUUUCAGUCGACACCGGCAUUUUCGAGAACGUCUGCAACACCGCCUCAUCAGGAGUCCAACUUCACUCCAAAUGACGCCGUCUCCGUUUUGAAUAAUAAAAAAGGGCCGGAACGGCAUCACAUUCGAAGAGCAGCAGAUGAAAGACUUCAAAGAGGUCUCGAGAGUUCACUUACUCCACAUGAAAUACGAAACCGAAUCAAUCCGACGAAACGAAGCGAUUUAUUAGCGGGUGCUGUAGGGAGUAAUAACGGUAUGGGACAGCCAUCAACGUCAGCCAUUGAUUCGAAGAUCGAGCAAGCUAUGGACCUCGUCAAAACCCAUCUAAUGUUUGCCGUACGUGAAGAACUCGACGUGUUACGAGGGAAGAUCACUGAGCUAGAAUCGCAUAUCUACCGCCUCGAGACAGAGAAUGCCGUCUUCAAGGCGAAUAUUCCUUCCGACGUCCUGAGGAAUUUGUCACUUGAUCAGUCAAAUUAA